GUAUCAAAACAUGAUACCAUGUAUCCAACGAUGUAAAACUUUAGAAUUUAACUUCCGCGUUUUAGUCUUCCUUGGUAAAGUUACAGUUCAAAAUGGUCGAAAAGCUGCCCUGUGAUUGUUCCUCAAAUCUCGGUGUUGGAAUUGGCAUUGGAAUCGCCAUUGUUUUAGGACUAGAACUUAUUUUCGUACUGGUUGUUUUAAUAUUCUUGUUUUGGAGACGUCGGAGAAACUUAAGUACCGAAAAACAUGAAAAACCAAGUCAGACCUUCAAUGUGUUAAAUGUUCCAAAUAGAAAUAAGGAAGAAAUUCAAAAGUCAGAAGAAAAAUCAGCUUUAAAUACAUCACUACAAACAAAGACUUUGGACGAGAAACCUCUACCUUUAAUUUCGGCUUCAGGAACUCAAUCUGGACAGAUUAAAUCUCCAUACGAUGUGUUCUUGGAGAAGGACGAGGGUCCAAGAACAUCAAUGGAACAUAGCACAAUGGGCGAUUUGGGAACUGGAAGUUGCAUGUGAAUUGUAAAUACUAGAAUCAUUUUGUCAUGUACAUAAUGUUGUUGUUUUUGUUCGAUUCUAACUUAUUGUAUUUUGCCAUACCAUAUUUAU